AUGGAGGACGCGUCGCAAGACGUCCUGUUGCCCAGCACCAGGAUAGUCCAAGACCCGCUUAGUGUGACCACGUUGGAGUGCAAUGAUCGGCGUUCCCACGAUGCAUCUGACGCUCGCCAAACAUCUGAGACCCAACAUAACUUGCACACAGAGAUCUCCGAACUGCAAACUCUUGUGCGUGACCUCCAGGGCCGUUUUGCAGGCUUUCCAGCCAUACGGUCGCGAUAUCGUCUUAGCUCACAUGACUUCAAUCGACUCGAUGAGUAUCUAGAGAAAGUGGGUUGGGACAAUUUGCGAUACGACUACUUCAUCGACACUCAAGACUUCGUCCCACGAAUGCCUCAUUCCGACAAGCACGAGUUUAUCCACCUGCAUUUCAUCAUCCUCAUUCUGGACAAACUCAAGCAGCUAUGUUCUCAACAUCAAGUCCAAUGUCCGUUCUCAGCGUUUGUAUCUGCCGCCGUCAUGGACGAGCAAGGCAGCGUGCUCAUGCCUGACAAUCAGAUCAAGUACAAAAGCUGGAAAAAGCCGGUCCUAGUUUUAGAGGUCGACGACUCACGGUCCAUGGAGAGCUUGAAUGACAAGGCCACUCGGUACAUCCAGGCUGGAAGAGGGAACAUUCGUUACGUUGUUGCUUUGAAGGUUCAUAGGGACUCGCAGGCGGUUGAUCUGACGCUGGCGACACCCAAUUUCACCUCCAGCGGCCCAUCGACAGUUUUGGAAAAAUAUGACAUGCCUAGGUGA